UCUCUCUCUCUCUCUCUUUGCUCUAUCCCAGCACAGGACUUCCCAGUGACUUUGCAAAGGCUGCGUUUAGCCCACAACAAGUCCCAAGUUUCGGAGCGCACAGGAGGAGAAGCAAGUUUGGAGAGCCGAGUCGAUAUUUCCCAGCAGGCACGAAAUAAAAACUAGAAUAAAAAUACAUUUAAAGAAAAAAAAGCAAACAAACGCGAAAAAGGAUCCGUGUUACCUGUUGAUGAAGUCCCACCGGGUGUGGGACGCAGAGGAGCAGCCGGGUGCCUUCACGCAGAAGAAAAGUCUGAAAAAGGUGCAGACAUCUCCGCGCUCCAGUGCCCAGGAGGAGUGAAGGACCUCGGGUUUUCCUUUUCCCCCAGCAUUCUGCAGCCUGUGCUGGGUUGGUGGAAAAUGGGCACCACUUCGAUCUGUGGACUUAUCCUGUCUUUGAUACUCACAUGCCAGCUGGUCACUGUGACUCAGGCCUCCAAGGUGUGGGGAGAGGUACCUUUGCCAGAAGACUUGGAGGCGGAGAAAGAUGUCAAGGCGUCCCAGAGCUUACUGGAUGACGACGAGGACUUUGCUGCUGAUGAAGCUUCAGGAGAUCUGCCCAGUGGAGAGGAUGAUGGAAGCACACCGUGGCCUCCAGUCUCUGUGACCACAAUUUAUUACAGAGCUCUCGUCAACUUCACUGACUCCCUGGUAUACACCCCAGACCUCGAGGACAUCUUUUCAACAGCCUUUAAUGAGGUCUCCGAAGCAGUGGUGGACACGCUGGAGUCGGACUACAACAGGAUUCCAGGUGUCCAGACAGUCAACGUGGUCCUCAUUAAGAAGGUGAUCAGAGACGAUGGCGUGGACGUGUUUGUGGAGUUGGACGUGGGUUCUGACUACAACACCAAUGAUGAACAAAUCCGCAGCGUGUUGUACAACGUGGUGAAGGAGGGAGCCAUUGCUUCCUAUGUCACAUCAGUCCAGGGCUUUCAGUUCAGACGACUUGGGGAAGUUCAACCUCUGCCUUCAGUGGAGCCUAUAGCAGUGCCAGUAACCCCCAGCAUCAGAGCCUGCAUGCCAGAUGAGCACAGGUGUGGUGAUGGAACAUGUAUCCUGAUGGAAUACCUGUGUGACAACAGACCAGACUGCAGAGAUAUGAGUGAUGAGAUCAAUUGUGACACAAAACGGACGGUUCCUCCAGUGUUCACCACCACUCCCACCACAACCACCACCGUUAAGAAACCUCCGCGGCCCGUCAGCCCCCCUGGACCUUGCAGAGCUGAUCAGGCGACAUGCCAGAGCGGAGAGUGCAUCCCACGAGACUACAUCUGUGACGGGGAGAGGGACUGCUCUGACGGAAGCGACGAAUUCAGAUGUGGUACUCCAUCUCCUUGUGAACCCAAUGAGUUCAAGUGUAAAAAUGGUCGAUGCGCCCUCAAGCUUUGGCGUUGUGAUGGAGACAACGACUGUGAGGAUAAUUCAGAUGAAACAGACUGCCCCACCAAGGGUCCUGGCGACAGGUGUGCUCCUGAGCAAUUUGAAUGCCUGAGCGAUCGCACCUGCAUCCCAGCCAGUUACCAGUGUGAUGAAGAGCCAGACUGCCCUGACCGCUCUGAUGAGUACGGCUGCACCCCUCCCUCUGUGACAAGCCCGCCAGAAGAGUCCGUUCAGGCAGCGCGGGGGGCGACGGUGACGUUCACCUGUCAGGCUGUUGGAGUGCCAACACCCAUCAUCACCUGGAGACUCAACUGGGGACACAUUCCUGUCAGCGGCAGGAUCUCCAUGACCAGCGAGAACGGCCGUGGCACCCUGACCAUUCGUGACGUGAAGGAGGCGGAUCAGGGGGCGUACACCUGUGAGGCCAUCAACGCUAAAGGCCUGGUGUUUGGUAUCCCUGAUGGAGUGCUAACUCUCACAUCAAAUCCAAAUCAAGGCAACUGUCCUGAUGGUCACUUCAGUGUGGAGGGCCGCUGUGUCUCCUGCUUCUGUGCUGGAACCACCAAGAACUGCAAGGGCACCGGUCGCUAUCGCAACAGGAUCAGCCUGCGUUUCACUGAGGAGGAAGACUUCAAAGGAGUGAAUGUGACCUACCCCUCAAGGCCUGGCACGCCUCCUCUCUCGUCCACUCAGCUCCUCAUUAACCCUGAGAUGGAAGAGUUCCAGCUUGUCGACCUGUCUCGUCGUUUCCUCAACCUUGACUCUUUCUGGACCUUGCCUCGCCAGUUCCUGGGCAACAAGAUUGACUCCUAUGGAGGAUCCCUGAAGUUCAAGGUGCGGUACACAUUGGCCCGUGGUCUGUCUGAGGUUGUGGAGAAGCCGGAUGUAAUGCUGGUUGGAAAUGGUCGCAGGCUUGUGUACCGCAGAGGCAGCACCACCCCUGCCCGAGUGGUCAACCAAAAGGAGAUCAAAUUCACUGAAGAUAACUGGCAGCACUCCAAUGGCCGCCCUGUGAGCAGGGAGGAGCUGAUGAUGACGCUGGCCAACAUGGACAGCAUCAGCAUCCGCACCAUCUACGACAACCACAUGGUGAGCGUGGCACUAAGUGACAUUGUCAUGGAUACCACCACUGUGGAGUUCAGCACUCUGGGUCAUGCUAAGGAUGUUGAAGAGUGCAGAUGUCCCCCUGGAUAUUCAGGCCUGUCCUGUGAGAUGUGUUCUGCUGGUUUCGAGCGUGUCCCCGGUGGCUCCUAUCUUGGCACCUGUGCUGGUUGUAACUGCAAUGGACAUGCCAGCGCCUGUGAUCCAAUCAACGGACACUGUCUGAGCUGCCAGCACAACACAGAGGGCCCUCAGUGUGACAAGUGUCGGUCAGGCUACUUUGGUGACCCGAGCAGAGGUCGCCCCGAAGACUGCAAGCCAUGCCCCUGCCCGUACUAUGAGACCACACGCCGGUUUUCUGACACCUGCUUCCUGGAUGUUGACCAACAACCAACAUGUGACGCCUGCAGGCCCGGCUACACAGGAAGACGCUGUGAAAAGUGUGCCCCUGGUUACCAGGGUAACCCCCUUCUGCCUAAUGGAAAGUGUGUUCCUAACCAAAACUCCAAGUGUGAUAACAGAGGAGUUAUCAGGUCCAACAGCAGGCCAUGCAGCUGCAAGAACAACGUGGUAGGCACUCUGUGUGACGAGUGUAAGCCCGGGUUCUUCCACCUAUCAGAGGCCAAUCCCGAGGGCUGUCUACGUUGUUUCUGUAUGGGUGUCACCAAACAGUGCGCCAGUUCCACUUGGAACAGAGAUCAGGUGCGAGGAGGGGUGAACGGGCAGCUCUUCUCCCUCUCCAACGGAGCCAACACUAAAACUAUCUCUGAAGGCAUCUCCCAGAGGGGCUCCUCUGAAGUUGUCUACCGCUCCUUCUCCAGUGUCCCUAAAGACAUCUACUACUGGGUCCUGCCUGAAAGCUUCAGAGGAGAUAAGGUGACGGCCUAUGGCGGGGAGCUUCGCUACACAGUACGCUUUGAACCGUUUCAGCGCUCGCUGGUGAUUGACGGUCAGCCAGAUGUGGUUCUCCAGGGCAAUGGCAUCUUCCUGGAACACUACUCUCAAACCAAGCCUCUCCCACGUGUCCCACAAACUGUCACUGUGACCUUCAGAGAGUCUGCAUGGCGUCGUGCUGAUGGGCAGCCGUGUACUCGCGAGCACCUGCUGAUGGCUCUGGCUGAUGUCACCGUCUUCAUGAUCAGGGCUAGUUAUGCAGACAACAUGGUUGAGAGCAGUAUCUCAGACAUCAAGAUGGACAUUGCUGUUCCCCAAUCCACUGGUAAUGAACGUGCUCUGGAGGUGGAAGAGUGCGCCUGCCCUCAGGGAUACAGAGGACCCUCUUGCCAGGAGUGUGAUGAAGGUUACACUCGGACCAGCUCUGGCCUUUACCUGGGCACUUGUGAGAGGUGCGAUUGCAAUGGUCACGCCAGCAGCUGUGACUCAGAGACCGGCAGGUGUCUGCAAUGUCUCCAUAACACCGCCGGGCCAAGGUGUGAGCGCUGUCAGUCUGGUUUCUAUGGAAACCCUGUAACGGGAGGUGCUCAGGCCUGCCAACCCUGCCCCUGUCCUGGAACAGCUUCCAGCAACCAAUUCUCCCCGACCUGUUAUCUGGAGUCUGAUGGUCAGCCGACCUGUGACAACUGUCCCCCUGGAUACACUGGCCGACGCUGCGAAAGAUGUGCUGCAGGAUACACUGGCAACCCACUGCUUGGACAGAGAUGUAGUGUUGGCAGCAAUGAAGUCAAUGGUAACUGCUAUAACUGUGACCAAAGAGGAAGUGAAGGCUGCAGUGGUGGUGUGUGCCGCUGCAAGAUGAACGUUGAAGGCCCAUCUUGCUCCAGCUGUAAGUCUGCAACCUUCCAUCUCAGCUCGGAAAACAAGGAUGGCUGCCUGUCCUGUUUCUGUAUGGGCGUCACUCAGCAGUGCUCCAGCUCUACCUACUACAGAGACCUGGUGUCCUCAGUCUUUUCUCCAGGGAACUUCCAGGGAUUUGCUCUGGUGAACCGUCAACGCACCAACCGCAUCUCCACUGGUUUCACUGUGGAGGUUUCCACCGAAGGCACUCAGCUGUCCUACAGCAACUUUGACUACCUGGGACAGGAGCCUCAUUACUGGCAGCUUCCAGGGGUCUACCAGGGAGACAAGAAAGAUUCUUAUUUUGCUCGCGUGAAACGAGCAGAGCAGAGUGACUCGCAUUUGCCAGAGGAGCAGCUAAGGAAGGAUGCUUCUAUUUGGACCCUAAUGGCCUCUGGACGUAAAGACACCAACAGAUCCAAAAGAGCUAGCCAGGGUGGUGUCAGACAGCUGGAUGAUGAGGUCUGGGCGCUCCUCUCUAACUUCUCCAAUAGACAAGCUGGUCCCCCUCCGUUCUUUCCUUCCUCCUCCAAAUCCUCCUCCUCUUUCUCGUCCUCUUCUUCUUCUCGUUCUUCUCGGGUCCCAACUUCUUCCUCCUCCUCUCACUGGUCUGGUUUGCGUAACCUGAGCCCCCCUUCUCCUCCAUCUGGUAUCUCCUCUUCAGUUAAACCAACCAGACCCCAACCCUUUUCCCCGGGCUACACUCCUCGUCUGCAGAGCAAGAACACACUGAGCAAGACUUCUUCUAGUGCUUCUGGGACAAGCAGCAAGUACACUCUGGUCUACAAAGGUUUCAGCUUGCACCAGGAUGAUCUGCUCUACUGGCAGCUCCCAGCGCAGUUCACAGGGGAUAAGGUGGGUUCCUACGGCGGUAGGCUUAAAUACACCAUCUCCUAUGUGGCUGGUCCAAGAGGAAGACUACUUGACGAUGGUGACAUCCAGAUUAUUGGUAAUGACAUCACUCUGGUAGCUCAUCUGCCCUGGCAGAGGAGAGUGCAGGGCAGCAGAGAGACUCAGCAGUUUGAGAUUGUCUUCAGAGAGGAAAACUGGCGUCGUCCUGAUGACAUGCCCGCCACCCGAGAGCACCUGAUGAUGGUUUUGGCUGACCUUGACGACAUCCUGAUUCCAGCAUCCUACUCCACAGAGAUGCGGUCCUCCAGUAUCUUUGAUAUCAGCAUGGAAGUUGCUGUGCCUAACUACAGUGGCUUGGCUCAGGCCCUCGAGGUGGAGCAGUGCCGCUGCCCACCUGGAUACCAGGGGCUCUCUUGCCAGGACUGUGCACCUGGAUAUACUCGCACAGGAGGAGGUUUAUACCUGGGCCACUGCGAGCUCUGUGAAUGCAAUGGCCACUCUGACUCCUGCCACCCUGAGACUGGCAUCUGCACGAGUUGCCUGCAUAACACUCAGGGGGAGCUCUGUGAGCAGUGUGCUCCUGGCUUCUUUGGUGACCCCACUGUUGGCACUCCAGAGGACUGCCAGCCCUGUGCCUGCCCUCACACUGACCCAGACAACCAGUUCUCCCCCACCUGUGAGAGCCUUGGAAAUGGAGGCUACCAGUGUACGGCCUGUCAGCCUGGGUACACUGGCCAGUACUGUGAACGUUGUGCUCCUGGAUAUGUUGGCAACCCACAGGAAAGAGAGAAGUGUCGUCCAUACGAUGCUGCAGCCUCCCUGGUGGUGAAGGUUUAUCCAGAGAGGGUCCUGGCAUCUCAGGGUGGCCCUGUCACUCUCCGGUGUCAGGUGUCCGGCAAUCCUCCACACUAUUUCUACUGGUCCAGAGAGGAUGGACGACCUAUCUCCGGCAGUGCUGACAGACGCAGACAAGGAGCAGAGCUGUACUUCCCCAACGUCCAGCCGAGUGAUGCCGGCGUCUACGUUUGUACCUGCAGAGACCAACGAAGCACCAACAGGAGCCGUGCUGAAAUUGUUGUCACAAGUCAAUCCAAACCCAUUGAGGUGACAGUUGAGGAGCCCAAAGCCCAGACUGUCAGGGUUGGGUCUACUGUCAGCUUCAUCUGUACUGCAAAGAGCAAGUCUCCAGCCUACACCCUGGUGUGGACCCGUAUGGGUAACGGGAAGCUGCCCAACAGGGCCAUGGACUUCAACGGCAUUCUGACAAUUCAGAAUGUCCAGCCCGAGGAUGCAGGCGUCUACGUUUGCACAGGCUCCAACAUGUUUGCCAUGGACGAGGGCAAUGCCAUCCUCUAUGUGCCAGAGGCCUCACAGACUCAGAUGUUUUACACAGCCUAUGAAAUGUUUGAAGGACACAGAAAGCCUGCAGAAGGGGCCCAGCCUGUGGCCACCGUCACUCCCUCAGUGCUGAAUGUCCAGCAGGGCCAGCGGGCAGAGUUUCGCUGCACAGUCACUGGCAACCCAACCCCUGCCAUUGAAUGGAUCGGAGGUCCAGGGAACAGAUUGAGUCCCAGAGCUGUGAUACGAGGUGGCAUACUGACCUUCUCAGCAGUGGACCCAGCUGAUGAGGGAGAGUACACCUGCAAAGGCCUUAACACUCAUGGGGAGCACACAGCGCGGGUUUCCCUCUUUGUCCAAAAGUCUAACCCAAGUGGCCUAGGCACUCAGCCCCAAGUCCAAGUCAGUCCCCAAAAUAUUGGAGUCCAUGAAGGCGACACCUUGAGGUUAUACUGCCGAGCAACAGGAUCACCCACCCCGAAGCUCACCUGGCUGAAAAACGGAGGACAAAUCCCUCCACAGGCCAUUCCCUCUCACGGUUUCCAUCAGUUUAAAAGCAACAGUCUCGAUGUGUUACAGAGACGUAUUGAGGAGCUGCAGGCCCGCAUGGACCGCACAGACAUCGGCACUCUGCUCAUCCCCAACAUCAAGAUGUCCGACUCAGGCACUUACAUGUGUGUUGGUAGCAACAGCAUUGGCUCAAAUAGUGCUCCCAUUAAAGUGACUGUGUUCAAAGCCGACCAUAGCUCCUCAGUGGUCAGCAUCCAGCCAUCUAUAGCUGAUGUCCAGGAGGGCCAGAAUCUGGAGCUCAACUGUUUUGCCCCUGGAAAUCCUCCUCCCCAAGUCACCUGGACGAGAGCCAGUGGACGCCUCUCCUCUAACCACCAGGUUCUGGGCAGUCAGCUGCGUAUCCUGUCAGCCACUCCAGAGGACUCAGGGGAGUAUGUUUGUCGGGUUCAGGGCAACACUGGGAACCCAGGAUCUCACGUCCACCAGGCCUCUGUCUCUGUGUCUGUUACUUCAUCUUCUUCACGUCUUCAGAGUCCAAUCAUCGCCAUUGAGCCCCACAGUGCUGCGGUGCGUGUAGGGGAGUCUGCCAGCUUCAGGUGCAGGGUGUACAGCGGAGCCCAGCCUGUUAGACUGGAGUGGAAACUGGCCAAUAACCAGCCGCUGCCAGAUAAUGUUAAAGUUGGACCUGAUGGUUCGGUUAUUACCAUUGUCUCUGUCCGCCCUAUGAACCAUGGUGCCUACCGUUGUGUGGCUAGCAACCCGUUCGGCAUCACCCACACCAUCGUGUCUUUGAUUGUCAAAGAGUCUCCUGUGGCCACCGUCACUCCUGCUGGACCUGUGCGUGUUAGGGUGGGAGAGCCCAUUAACCUGGAAUGCCAGGCGUCAGGAGAGCCCCGCCCCACCGUCUCAUGGCACAGGCUGGACAGCAACCGCAAGACCAUGCUGAGCAGUCCUGUACCCAUGGAGUCCAACGCAGUCAUGCAGAUACUAGUAGCACGUCCGGAGGACAGUGGCACGUAUGUAUGCACAGCUCGCAACAAUGAGGGCACUACUGAGACCAAGGUGGAGGUCACGGUUGAAGGAGGUUCUCAAGUGCCCACAGUGCCGAGGGCCUUUGUUCCUGAACCGCUGAUGGUUAUGGUGGAGGGACAGACUGCAACACUGCGCUGUGAGGCCCACGGUUUCCCGUCCCCGACGAUCACCUGGUCCAAGCUGCGCUCUCCUCUGCCUUGGAGACACAAGGUGGUGAACAACAGCCUGGUGCUGCCCAACGUGGGUCGCCAAGACUCUGGAGAAUACAUCUGCAGUGCCACCAACAACAUGGGCACCACUGAAGUCACCAUCAUGCUCGAUGUAGAGACUCCUCCCUAUGCCACUUCUAUGCCUGAUGAUGUGGCUGUCCGGGUAGGGGAGGUGAUCCGGUUGCAGUGCCUGGCUCACGGCACUCCUCCUCUGACGUACACUUGGGCCAAGCUGGAUGGAAACCUGCCCCCGAGGGCCCAGGUUAGCGGCGGGGAUCUUCAGAUCAACCUGGCCACUGCUGAGGAUGCUGGGAGUUACAAGUGCGUGGCCAGCAACAAAGUGGGCAACAGCGAAGUGGUUGCUAAAGUCACAGUCAGAUCUCCCUUGGCAGUGCGUGUAUCACCCCAGGUGGAAGUAAAGGCCCAGGGAAGCGCUGUGGAGUUCACUUGCUCUGCAGCAGGUGGUAUAGAAACCAAAAUUGAGUGGUUGAAGGAAGGAGGAGCUCUUCCACCCAACCACCACGUCAAGGAUGGGGUGCUCAGGAUUGAGAACCUUGAGCAGAGCAAUGAAGGUGUUUAUAUCUGCAGAGCCAGCAGUGGGUAUGGUCAGGCUCAGGACACUGCCAGGUUGACCAUCCAAGCCCUGCCGAAAGUGAUGAUCAAUGUGCGUACCUCAGUGCAGACUGUGAUGAUAGGAAACUCAGUGGAGUUCGAGUGCCAGGCUGUUGGUGACCCAGAGCCCACGGUUCAGUGGAGUAAAGUCGGUGGGUCUCUGCCCGCUCAUAUCAUGGUGAAGGGUGGCAUGCUGAAGAUCGAGCAGGUGACGGAGGCCGAUGCCGGGCAGUACCGCUGUACGGCCACCAACGACGUAGGCUCAGUGCAGUCCCAGGUGGUCCUUAAUGUCCAGUCCCUUCCUCAAAUUGCUGCGCUGCCCGAAACUAAGGAGGUGACAGUUGGGUCUGAUGCAGUCAUGCCCUGUGUGGCGUCAGGAUACCCUGUACCUGAGAUCAAAUGGUCCAAGCUGGAUGGAGAGCUUCCUCCUAAGUGUUUCCAGGAAGUCAACGUGCUGACAGUUCCUGGGGUGACCCAUGAGGAUUCUGGGACAUAUGUCUGCACUGCCUCUAACAAACAGGGAAAAGUGGAAGCCUUUACUACACUUGAAGUCCACGAGAGAGUGAUGCCAUACUUUGCCCAGCAACCCUCGUCCUACCUCACCCUGCCCACCAUCAAAAAUGCCUACAAGGCUUUCAGCAUUAAGAUCAACUUUAGACCCGAUAAUGGUGAUGGUCUCAUAUUGUACGCUGGUAUGAUCCUCUACAAUGGCCAGAGAAGGACCACAGGAGCAGACUUUAUCUCUCUGGGGCUAGUGGGCGGACGCUUAGAGUUCAGGUUUGACGUGGGCUCCGGCAUGGCCACCAUACGUGACCCCAACCCUGUCAAACUGGGAGAGUUUCACACGGUUGAGCUGUAUCGCAACCACACCUUGGGCUACAUCAUUGUAGACGGAGGGGAGCCCAUCAACGGCAGCUCACAGGGCAAGUUCCAGGGCCUGGAUCUGAAUGAGGAGCUGCAUGUGGGUGGUUAUCCCAACUUCACAGUCCUCGCCAAAACUGCUGGCAUUAAGACUGGUUUUGUUGGCUGUAUCCGUCAGCUGGUUAUCCAAGGUGAUGAAGUCAUCUUCAAAGACCUGGACCGCAGCUCUACUGGUGUCACAAACUGUCCCACCUGCAAAGACCAGCCAUGCCAGAAUGAAGGGAGGUGUGAGGACUCAGAUGCCAGCUUGUAUAAGUGCAGCUGCCCCAGAGGAUUCACAGGCAGCAACUGCCAGCACCAUUCAUCCCUGCACUGUCACUCAGAGGCCUGCGGACCAGACGCCACUUGCAUCAACCGCGCAAAUGGCCUUGGCUAUGACUGUCGCUGCCAUCUUGGCAAGUCUGGAAACAAAUGCAUGGAUGGGGAAUUGGUGACCACUCCACUGUUUGAUGGUGAGGAAUCAUACAUAGCCUAUCCUCCACUGACCAACAUCCAUGAUGACCUGCGUGUUGAACUAGAGUUCAAACCCCUGGAAAGAGAUGGCUUGAUGUUCUUCUGUGGAGGGAAGAAAAUGAAGGUGGAGGACUUUGUCGCCAUCUCCAUGGUGGAAGGACAUGUAGAGUUCAGAUAUGAACUGGGCACAGGCCAGGCAAUCCUUCUGAGUUCAGAGCCAGUCUCUCUGGGCCAGUGGCACAGAGUUGUGGCCGAGCGAAACAAGAGAUCCGGCCACCUGAAGGUGGACCAAGGCCCAGUGGAGAGAAAGAUGUCUCCAGGAAAAGCCCAGGGCCUCAAUAUCCACACCCAUAUGUACCUGGGAGGAGUCCCCAACAUGGAGAUUCUGCCUAAGCCUGCCAAUGUCAGCGAAAUGUUUGAGGGAUGUAUAGGAGAGGUUUCCAUCAACAACAAGAAGGUGGAUCUGUCCUACAGCUUUACAGAAUUCAGAUCUAUCCGCAAGUGUGUGGACAACAGUCCCUGUGACCGCCGGCCCUGCCUGAAUGGUGGUCACUGCAUGUCGAGUGCUGAAUAUGAGUACCAGUGCCUCUGUAAGGACGGAUUUGAAGGUGAGCGUUGUGAGGUGGUGAAAGACGUGUGCCAGAGCAACCUUCAAUGCCAGAAUGGCGGCAGCUGUGUCGACGGCAAGUGUGUGUGUACGCCUGGCCACACGGGUCUGAACUGUGAAGAAAGCCAUGUCACCAGCUUGCUCGAGGCCCAGUGGAAUUUGGAAGCUAGCGAGGCAAAUGAUUCACCGUAUCAGUAUGCAGCUCAUUUCCACAAUGAUGGAUACAUUGGCCUUCCUAAAUCCAUUUUCCCAAGAAGUGCCCAUGAUUCACCAGAGACCAUCGAACUGGAGAUCAACACUGGCUCCUCUGAGGGCCUGAUCUUGUGGCAGGGAGUGGAGACCAAUGGCGCACGCAAUUUGCGAAAGGUGCAUGCUAGUAAAAAGGAGCACGGAGAACACGGCAAAGGCAAGGACUUCAUUAGUCUCGGUCUACAGAAUGGACGCCUUGUUUUCAGUUACCAGCUGGGCAGCGGAGAGGCACAGAUCUUGUCCCGGAAGCCCAUCAACGAUGGUAGAUGGCAUAAGAUCACAGCAGUCAGGACUGGAAAACAUGGGUACAUCCAGAUCGAUGGAGGAGCCGCGCUACAUGGACAGUCUAAAGGCGGAAGCCUCAUGGUCAACACCAAAGGCAGUAUAUACCUGGGUGGAGCCCCAGACAUGGCUGCUAUGACAGGAGGGAAGUUUUCAUCGGGAAUGACAGGCUGCGUGAGGAACCUGACACUGAUGAACGCUCGGCCGGGACAGCAGCCAGCUCAGGCCAUCGACCUGCAAGCCCACGCAGCCCGCGGCAUCAACGUGCAGCCGUGCUCUUCAUAGAUCGCAACACACAUACACGAACACACAUACACAGACACACGCGUACACACACAGAGACUAUGGAGUGAUGUCAUACACACAGCAGACUCACACAGAGAGACUUACACACAAAGAGGCUGACACAAACUUGGUGCUUUGCUGCUACCAAAAACAAAAACAAAAAAAGAUGACAUGACAGGAUAUGUUUCUCUGUGUGCAGUAAAACCAAAAAAGAGAAAAAAUGAUAUUAACAAGUCUUCUCUUCCUCAGUGUUGUAUUCUCAAUGAAGGACUAUUAACACAGGAGAACCAGUACAGUUUACAUACUUCCAGCAGUAGUUUUAGCCAUGAGAAGAGUAAGAGUAAAACUAUUAGGCCUUCUACGAUGGGUCAGAUCCUAUGGAGUUGGACAUGUUUUUACAGCACUGAAUUUUUAUUUAUAUACAUAUGAAUAUAUAUAUAUUAUAUUUGUGGGGGAAAACAUGCAAACUAACCAUAACUGCUCUUCAACUUUCCUAGAGCUUAUUCUGGGUUCUAAUACUGUGUGUCCAGGGCUUUUUAUAGGCCUAACUGUAUUAAUACUUGAAGAUGUUUAGGCCUUCUUUCUUCACUUCUGUAGAGGAACCUUUUUUUGUUGUUUUUUUUUUUUUUUGCGCGAGCAUGCUUACAGUUUUGUUGUUGGGAGAGGAGCGCACACGAUCACGGUCACAUGCAGCUUCAGUACACAACUCAGGUCGUCAAAUACAAAUUAAUAACCGGAAUUGUCACGUUUUUUUCUUUGCAAGUCAUUCACAGCACUGUUGUGUCUUCUGUGUCUGUAUUUCUUUUUAAUGAAAAAGAAAGAAACCUUGGUGCUAAUGUCAGACAUGAAGAUGCAGCACAUAGUCGUACGGUUUCCUGUCAGUCACACGUAGAGGUGUCUUUUAGUAAUUUGGUUCUUAGAUGAAUCUAAAACAGUAUACACUAGUGUCACAUUUGUGGAUAUGCAUGACAUUUGAGGUUGAUUUUAUAAGAAUAUGGCAUGAUUUGUUGCCUCCACAGCCUUAUUUGAUUGAGUAGAUCUCAAAAAACAGUGAAUUGAAAAGGGUGUAAUUUUUUAUGUGUGGUUGUUGAAGAUAUUGUUUUAUGUGUUACACUAUCUGCCAGUCAGGUAGAUAUCUAUAUCAAUUAAGAAUGAGUGUGUAUGCUAGUAAAUGUGUUGGUUACAUAUGUCCCAGCCCCUUCCAUUUCUCAUAGGUCACUCUACUUUAAGCCCCAGUGUGGAGUCAGGUGUGUGUGUGUGUCAGUGUGUGUGUGUGUGUGUGUGUCAUUAUCCAUAUCCUCAGGAGGAUCAACCCAGAACUGCCUCAAGAUGUUGCUUAAUUUUCAGGUUUGGUAGCUUUAGUGACAAUUCAGUAAGCUAUAAAACUCUGAAGGCUCUGUGGUUCUGUGGGUUGUUUUCUCUGCAGAGGGAGAUUCAUCAAACAGCAGUAGGACACAGUUGGGAUAGUGUUUGGUCAUGUGGGAAUGCAGUGGAAACCUCCUGCAGGUGCUGUGACCAGUAGUGUAGCUCUAAUAAAGCAUGCUCGCCAACCUUUAGUCAACCACACCACAAAAUCACAACGGCACGAUCACUUUGGGGUUCACAAACCUUUUUCUCAUUUUUGUAAGCUUAAAAUAUUUGUAUUAAUAUCCUAAAAAUGAGCACUAUCCUUUCUCUUAGAGUUGCUUCAUUUUUAUUUAUUUUAUGUUUUUUGUUUUUCUUUUCCUCUUUUCCAUCGCUUUUGUUUCAAGGCUUGAUUCUGCUGUUUUAGAGCAAUCACAGAAGCUUGCUAUUUUCUUUCCUCUGGUUAUUGUGUAUUGCCUCCCACAUCCCCUUGUUUUUCCCCUCUUGUUAGAGUUUGAAUACGGCCCCCCGGUAAGUUCUUCAGAAAUCCCCACUGUAGUUCCAUGAAGGGUUAAGUACCUGACUGGAACUGCCUGAUCAAAUGGUUGGAAACUGGUCUUAUUAUUCACUUGAUGAAAAAAGUCUUAGACUCCAAAUGCAACAAAUAAAUUAUUUAUCUACACAGAAAGGUGUCAUCAUGUUUGUUCAAAUAUGAACAUGUGGACUGAAAAGAGCCACUGCUGUGGUCCAGGUUUAGGACACUGAAGCAGAGAAUGAUGUUCUGCUCUUAAACUGGAUUUCCAUAUAUACACUGUACACUCACGCCCAAUGCAAAGUUGUCAAGAAACUGCUUUUUGGUUGUUUUUAGGCAAUUGCAAAAUAUGAAAGCUGCACUUUUUAGUAAUGAUGGAAAUUUUUAUUUUCAAAUGUUUUAAACAUUUUACUGUUUCACUUCUGAAUGGCAGAAAAAAGCAGAUAACUCGGUUAAAGAAAUGAAAUUGUACCAGAUGGAAUAUUGUCCCCGUCAGGGCGACCUGACAAUCCAUUUCCAGUGUUGAAAAGACGCUCCCCUUGCCCUUGGUGUUUCUUAAUUAAAAACAAAAUUCAUGUGCUA